AUGGCUACGGAGAGCGCAGAGAGGCCAGAGCGGGCGUGGGCGGCGCGCUCGCGAGGCGGGAGGGCGGCAGGGGCCCUCCAGGGCGAAGCUGGCCUCGGCGGGGGCCGCGGCGGGCUCCCCGGCUCCCGGGCUACCUCCCGGUUUCGCUGGACGCGGUCGGCGCGCCGUUCCAGAUGCAGAGGCUGCCCGCGCCAGGCCCUCCAGGCGAAGCUGCGCGUGCUGGAGGCCGCGGAUGGCCUCCUGGGUCCAGCGGAUGGUGCGGCCCCCCCCCAGGCGAAGCUGACCAGCGAUGAUAGAGAUCGCGCAGGGCUUCCGCGUGCGGCUGGCCGUGGGGCCGAGCAGAUGGUGGGCGGCAAGCUGGGCAGCGAUGUCUGGGAGCAGCGCGCGCUGUCGGACGCGGCGGGCACGGCUUCAGCAAAGGCUGUCGUGCCCCUUGCGACGAGUUGUUUUCUCCCCUCUUUGAAGGCCAAAACAGCAGGUUCUCAGAGCCUGGCUUGA